AAGCUUAACCGUCAAUGCGAUAGACCGCCAACGCUCUUCCAAAAAGCGGCCUGCUUCCGAACCACCUAGAGUUCCGACAGCCUCCAUCACUGCCCUUCGCUCACAUCCACGGUCACAUCACCAUGUUGUUACCACGCUCGUUCCAUGCCACAGCCGUCACGCUGCUGGCAUGGUCCACUCUCGUCCGUGAUGCUGCCGCCCAAGUCACAACCGAUUGCUUCCCGAUGAACUCGACAUGCCCGCCCAAUCCCGGCUUCGGCAUGGACUACAACUUCGUCUUCAACACCUCACAGAAUUUUGAUGUCUGGGAAACGACAGUCGGGCCUGUCGAGUGGGACGCGGAACGCGGGGCGAUCUUCAGGAUCACCAAGCAGGGCGACUCGCCGACGAUCCGAACCAAGUUCUACUACUUCUUCGGACGCACCGAGAUCCACAUGAAGGCGGCCAAGGGCACCGGCGUCAUUAGCUCCAUGAUGAUGCUGAGCGACAACUUGGACGAAAUCGACUGGGAGUACUUUGGGAGCAAAGGCGAUGUGGCCCAGACCAACUACUUCGGAAAGAACGUACAAAACUAUCACAAUGCUGGCUACCACACCGUCCCAGGCGGUGUCCAGGACGACUACCACAACUACACCAGCGUUUGGACGAAGGACUUCUUGGACUUCUACAUCGACGGAGCCAAGGUCCGCACCCUUCUGCCCAAGGAUGCCAACAACUCGUACUAUUAUCCCCAAACACCGAUGCGCCUGUCGAUCGGCAUCUGGGCCGGCGGUGAUCCGAGACUGCCGGAAGGCACUCGAGAUUGGGCCGGAGGCACCACCGACUACAGCCAGGGACCUUUCGAGAUGUUUGUGAAGAGCGCGCACAUUACCGACUACAGCAGCGGGAAGGAGUACGAGUACACGGAUAAGAGUGGUUCGUGGCAGAGUAUCAAGGUGGUCGAGGGCAACUCGACGACCCAUGACAUCCUGAAUGCUGAACCAGAGAAGACGCUUGCCCAGAAGUGGGCCGAGCUGCCCACCGGAGCCAAAGCAGGCGUCUACGCCGGUGCUGCCGGCGUCGGCGCGUUGAUGAUCUUUGGCGGUCUGUUCUACUGCAUCCGACAGCGUCGCCGUGGCGCCCGGGAAGCCGCCGCUGCCGAGGCCCGCGCCCAGGCCGAGCGUCUCGAGCUGGAGCGGUUCAAGAAGGCCGGCGUGGACCCGGACAGCUUCGCCUCGCAAGCGACCGAGUACAAUGCCAAGGAGAUGCACCGGGACGGCAUGAUGGACAAGGACGGCUACAGCGUGCCCCCGUCCCCUAGCAUCGCUGCGGUUGAACCCUCCUCGCUCCUCGACAGCAAGUGGGACUCGGCGGCGCCCUCGAUGAGUGCGGCCGUUGCUCUGCCUCUGCUGCACGAGUCCGCACAGUCACCGCCUGCCUCGCGCGCCGGGCCCUACUCGGACCGCAACCCCGGAUCUCCCGGCUCGCCCCAAGGCAUGAUGAGUCCCCCGCAGCAGCAGCCGCACCGCAGUUUCACGGCUCCGGAUCCCCAGAUGCGCAUGGCUUCUCCGGCACCCUCACAGCACGACUUUGGCGGCAUGCAAAGAGCGGCUAGCCCGGCCCAGCUAGCGCAUCCUCAGCCUCAGAGGAGUUUCACCACCGACGGGUACGGCGGGCAGCAGGACCAGGGGAACGGAGGAGCAUACUGGGGUAAUGGCGCCGCGUACAGGUAGAAGGAAAGUAGGGUAGAGGUUAGGGCUAGUAGACGAUGAGAGGCAAUUGAGGUCUGGAUAUUCAUUUUCUCUUUAAUUUCCAUGGAUGUACAUUUCAUUUUCAUUUUACUUUUUUUUAUAUAUAUACCAUUGGCAUGAGCUUGGUUUUGAUGAAUGUCGCGCUCUUUGGAUACGAUGGGGUUCUUUCUCUUUGGGCUAGUGUUUCGGUUCGAUCUAGGAAUAAUAGACGCAGCGUUGUCCACUACGUGACCCGUUGGCGAGCAGCAUCAUCACCCCGUGCAAUGUCUAUCGGGUUGGAAGUGACACGGCAG